AUGCCAAGUUUCACGCCCUCCGAGCCCAUUGCAGUUGUUGGCAGUGGGUGUCGCUUUCCAGGAGGAGUCAAUGGAGCUUCAAAGCUCUGGGAGUUACUUGUCGAACCCCAAGACCUGCUACAGGAAGUGCCCAAAGAGCGCUUUGAUAGCGGAAACUUCUACCACCCCGACGGAUCACAUCAUGGGAGCAGCAGUACCCAAAGUUCCUACUUCUUGUCCGAAGAUAUUACCAAGUUCGAUGCUCGGUUCUUUAGCAUCAAGCCCAUCGAAGCAGACGCCAUGGAUCCGCAGCAGCGGCUCCUCCUCGAAACCGUGUAUGAGUCCCUGGAACAUGCAGGCAUCUCCAUCAGCCACCUGCGAGGUUCCAACACCGCUGUCUAUGUUGGACUGAUGUGCGGGGACUACGAAACGCUUCUUUUGCGAGAUCUGGACCAAAUUCCGCAAUACCAUGCUACGGGUAUUGCUCGCAGUCUGAUCUCUAACCGGAUCUCAUACUUUUUCGACUGGCACGGACCAUCCAUGACCAUCGACACGGCGUGCUCGUCAAGCCUUGUGGCUGUUCAUCAGGCGGUGCAGGUAUUGCGAAGCGGUUCUUCUCGUGUGGCCGUUGCAGCAGGUUCGAACUUGAUUUUGGGCCCGGAGAAUUAUAUCAGCGAGAGCAAACUGAAUAUGCUGUCACCUGAUGGACGAUCCCGGAUGUGGGAUGCAAAGGCAAAUGGCUACGCGCGCGGAGAAGGUAUCGCAUCUGUUGUGUUAAAAACCCUCAGCGCAGCGUUAGAGGAUGGCGACGAGAUCGAAUGUAUCAUUCGCGAAACUGGCGUGAACCAGGAUGGCCAGACCAACGGUAUCACUCUGCCCAGUGCCACGGCGCAGGUCGACCUCAUUCGUGACACUUACGAGAGGGCUGGGCUGGAUCCGUUGGACCCCGCAGGCCGCUGUCAAUUCUUCGAAGCUCACGGCACAGGGACUCCGGCUGGUGAUCCCCUUGAGGCCCGGGCGAUCAGUACCGCUUUCUUCCCAAAGACACAAACUGGAGAGAAUGAGCAGGAACUUCUUGUUGGAUCCAUCAAAACAGUGAUCGGUCACACCGAAGGCACAGCGGGCCUUGCUGGAUUGUUGAAGGCGUCCUUGGCAGUCCAGCACGGGAUUGUCCCUGCCAAUUUGCUCUUUGACGAACUCAGCUCCACCGUGGAACCGUUUUAUGAAAAUCUGCGCAUUCCAACUCAGGGAACUCCCUGGCCUACCCUGCCAAAGAAUGUACCUCGUCGAGUUAGUGUCAACAGCUUCGGGUUUGGCGGUACCAAUGCCCAUGCAAUCAUCGAGAAUCAUGUACCUGCCCAUUCAGUCAAGAAAGCCGAUCCCGCCUCCACUGUUAUUCCAUUUGUUUUCUCUGGAAGUUCCAAUGCGUCUCUCGUGUCUCUUUUGAAUUUGUACGCAUCGUUUCUUCAGAAUACUCCAACCAUCAACCCGCAAGACUUGGCCUGGUCUCUCCACGCGCGAAGAACCCAGCUUCCCUUCAAGCUUGCAAUUUCAGCCAGAGACACCGACAGUCUGCAAAGAAAGCUCCAAGAAACGAUCAAGGCUAGUGGUACAAGUUCGGAAGCGACGGUCGGCGUUCGCACAGCUGGAUUAUCCUCUCAUGGGCGGCGUAUUUUGGGAGUAUUCACAGGCCAGGGCGCUCAAUGGCCCGGUAUGGGUAAACAUCUCAUCGAACUGUCAGGCUUCUGCAGAGAUUUUCUUUCCACACUGGAGGGAAGUCUGAAUGAUCUCCCUGAAUUUGAACGGCCUAGUUGGUCGCUGGUUGGCGAAAUGUUGGCCCCCGAUGAAACUAGCCGAGUCCGCGAAGCAUCUAUCUCACAGCCCUUAUGCACGGCAGUGCAGCUACUUUUGGUAGAACUGCUCCGCAGCGCUGGCAUUUGGUUCACAGCUGUUGUCGGACACUCAUCUGGUGAGAUCACCGCAGCCUAUGCUGCAGGAUUCAUCUCAGCGACAGACGCCAUUCGUAUUGCCUAUUUCCGUGGGUUUCAUGCGUCCAAGGCGCAAGGUGAAAACGGGGAGAAAGGUGGCAUGCUCGCCGUCGGUACCUCGAUGGAAGACGCUUAUGAGCUAUGUGACCUCCCGGACUUCCAAGGCCUGAUCAAGAUCGCUGCUUGCAACUCCUCCUCGAGUGUCACACUGUCCGGUAACGAAGAGACGCUGGCUCAGGUGCAAGUAGUGCUAGAGGAUGAGCAGAAAUUUGUCCGGCGUCUGUUGGUAGACAAGGCCUACCACUCGCACCACAUGGUCCCUUGUUCGGCAGGGUAUCUUGAAUCUAUUGAACGCUGCAAGAUCACUGUUCACGAUCAAGUGGACAAUUCUUGCUCAUGGUAUUCCAGUGUGUAUUCUGGCCAAUUAAUGCAGCCUAGCCAUGAGCUGGGUAGCCGUUACUGGGUUGAGAAUAUGGUACGACCUGUUCUAUUUUCGCAGGCCAUCGAAUCCGCCGUCUCAGCCAUGGAAACAUUCGACAUCGCAGUGGAGGUAGGACCUCAUCCUGCUCUUAAAGGACCUGCAUCCCAGACUCUUGUAGAGUCCGGGUUGCAGAUUCCCUACACCGGGACACUGCGCCGUGGGCAAAACGACAUCGAGGGCAUGGCAGAUGCACUCGGUCAAUUGUGGAUCUCUGUCCCUGGGGCUACAGCGCUACAAUCUUACGAAGAGUGCCUACAAGGCAAAUUAACUCAUCAGUUCGUCAAAGGAUUGCCAAGUUACCCUUGGAUGCAUGAUCGUUCUUACUGGCACGAGUCCCGGAUCUCCAGGGCUCUACGAACACGGAAGCGGGUCGAACACGAACUACUUGGCCGCCAGAGUGUCCAUGGAACCACACGCCAAGUCCAAUGGUGCAAUAUAUUGCGGGCCCUGGAUAUUCCGUGGGUCAGUGAACAUCAGCUUCAGGGCCAAUCCGUCUUUCCUGCGGCUGGAUACAUUGUCCUUGCAGUUGAGGCGGCUCGAACCAUCACCGAGGGAAAACCCAUACGGUUGAUCGAAGUGCAGGAUUUCAUAAUUCGGCAAGCCCUGACCUUUGCCACUGAUAGCACCGAAGUCGAGACUAUGUUCUCCUUGGCCGACGUUCAACGGAAUGAACACCAAAUCGACGCCUCGUGGGAAUAUCACGCCGCCUGGGGUAAUAAUCGCGAGGAUAUGGUGCUGUUGGCUGAGGGUCGGGUUACCGUCACUCUUGGAGAGAGCCAAGAUGCAAUACUUCCUACAAAGCCAGGUGAUGUUCCCAACCUCAACUCUCUCGAUUCGGACCGUUUCUACUCCACCAUGGCGGAUAUUGGAUAUGGCUACUCUGGACCUUUCCGAGCUCUGUCCUCGCUGCGACGCAGUUUAGGAGCUGCUCGUGGACAUGUAGCAAAUGCCCAGACCGGGGAGCACAAGGGCCCGUACUUGGUGCAUCCCGCUUCCCUUGACGCUGCGUUCCAAUCUAUCAUCCUGGCCUUCUGUCUCCCCGAUGAUGGGCGCCUUUGGUCCCUUCAUGUGCCCCUUCGCAUGAAAAGAAUGCGGAUUAAUCCGCAUCUGUUUGCCACACAAUCGCCAAAUAACACACAAAUGGAGUUCGCCUCAGCUCUCACCGAUAACGAGGAUUCUACCAUUAUCGGUGAUGUUGAUCUCUCGUUUCCUGGGAUUGAAAACGUUGCGCUCCAGGUUGAAGGACUGCAGUGUGUGCCAUUUUUCCCCGUCACCCCAGCAGACGACACUCCGAUGUUUACUACCGUUGAGUGGGUAGAGGCGGCUCCUAAUGCAGAAAUUGUUACCUUUGACGGACAGCAUACAGAGGAGGAACUAGACAUCGCCAUCAUUGCGGAGCGGCUGUCUCUCUACUAUAUCCGUCUCUGGAAUAAGGAGAUCCCUGCCAGCCACCUCGCUCGAACAGAGGGCCCAUACAAGGGUAUGUUCAAUUUUGGAGACACUGUUUUGUCUCGCGUCCGCGCAGGAGAGCACCCUUACGCAAAGAAGGAGUGGCUGAAUGACACACCGGAAAUCAUCUCGAAAGUCAGUGCAAAAUAUCCAGACAGUCUGGAUCUACAGAUGAUUCAUGCUACUGGGCAAAACUUUGCCGCAGCGAUUCGUUCUGAAACCACGAUCCUUAACCAUUUGAAGAAAGACAAUUUAUUGGAUCGAUACUACGAGGACGGGCUUGCCUUUCCAACUUACACCAAGUACCUCGCUCGAGUCGUGUCUCAGGUAGCCCAUGCGUAUCCACACUUGGAUAUUCUUGAGAUUGGUGCUGGUACUGGCGGUGCAACCAAAGGCAUCCUCAAGCAGAUCUCUGGUAAAUUCGAUUCAUAUACCUUCACCGACAUUUCCUCUGGAUUCUUCGAUACGGCUAAAGAACGAUUCACUAGCCAUGCGGAUAAGAUGGUCUUCAAGGUCCUGGAUAUCGCAAACGACCCAAUUCAGCAGGGAUACAAGCCGCAAACUUAUGACUUGGUUAUUGCAUCCUUUGUCCUUCAUGCGACAGUCAACCUCGAAAAGACAAUGAACAAUGCUCGUCGUCUGCUGAAACCCGGAGGAUAUCUGCUGCUUCUGGAAAUGACCAAUAAUGACCCCAUCCGCACCGGUGCCAUUUUUGGUACCCUUCCUGGUUGGUGGCUUGGGAUGGACGACGGUCGUGUUCUGUCUCCUUGCAUUACUGCUGCUGAAUGGGAUUCGCUGUUGUGGCAAACAGGAUUUGCUGGAAUCGACACUUUAACACCUGACCUUAAUCCUCUCCCAUUCCCUUGUUCGCUCAUUGCCGCCCAGGCCGUCGACGAUCGGGUGAGCUUCCUUCGUCAACCACUGGCUACGCCAGCCGCUCUGCUCCCUACUGGUCUCCCAAUGGCAGAGCUUGUUAUUGUCGGUGGCCAGUCGACCAAGGCAUCUCGUCUUGUUGGCGAGCUUCGGAUGCUACUACGUUACUACUGUGACAAAGUGACAUGGGUUAAGGAUGUCUCAAAAAUCAACAAUAAUACUAUCUCGUCUUCCAGCGUGGUCCUGUCUCUGACCGACUUUGACGGCCCGGUGUUUAAGUCACUCACACCAGACGGGUUCGAAGGUCUAAAGACGCUGUUUGGUGAGGCUGGCAGGGUGCUUUGGAUUACACACAACUCACGACUUGAGCCGUGGACGAAUAUGCUUGUUGGGUUUGGACGGACCCAGCUCUGGGAGAAUCCGCGGCUGACGCUGCAGUUGAUUGAUAUCCCCACCCUAAAUGAGUGCAAUGGUCAAUUCCUAGUUGAGAAUCUCCUUCGGUUUGCUGUCGUCAGUCUCUGGUCUGAGAAUGAAAGCAACACCGAUGUCUUCUGGCCCUUGGAGCCUGAAUUGGUCUUUGAGAGUGGGAAGAGACUAGUACCGCGCAUGGUCUUGGACCAGAGCCGCAAUGACCGGUAUAAUGCAUCCAGAAGAGAUAUUCAUAAUAUUGUUGACUUGCAGGAGCAGCCAGUUGUCAUUGGGAAAUCAGGAAUUGACUCCUCGAACGUUCUUCGAGAAGCACACCUGCCCACCGUCCGUGGGACAAGCCAGGGGAUCACGGUCAGCGUUACGCAUUCAACAUUACUUCCCUUCAGGAUUAACUACAUGACUUAUUACCUCGUACUGGGUAGCAUCUAUGGCACUGCUCGCUCGGUUGUCGGGCUGGCGAUGGCGAACGGUUCCGCGUCAAGAGUUGACGAAGGCCUUUACCUUCCUUGUGAUGUCCCUAGAGGAAACGAAAGCUCCCUGCUCUCAGUUUUGGAAAGCCACCUAAUCGCUAUAAGUAUCUUGUCAAGCCACGAUCCAGGGGAAAAUCUCGUGGUGCAUGAGCCAACCCCGAUGCUGGCAGCAGUGCUCUCUCGCUACGCAACCGCUGGUGGAAAGUCGGUGGUAUACACAUCACGGAGUCGACAGGAAGAUACAUCCAUCCGAUACAUCCACAAUCUUUUGUCUACCCGCGAAAUCACGGAGCGCCUUCCAAAGGGCCCUUCCCUUUUGAUCAACUUGACAGAAAAUUCCUCAGUAUUCCCUUCCAUUCCACAUGAUUACCGGCACGAGGGCCUUUACUCGAUUCUCCAGAAGGGCAUAUUGUUGCCAAACCCACUACUAAGCCAGGUGUCUAGCGUACCGGAUAUACUGUCUGCUGCCGUAACGGAAUCAAAAGACGGGGCAUACACUACAGAGGGACUGGAAGUCAUUUCCCCUGCGGACGUGUGGUCGCGCGACCCUAACCGCCUUCGGGCGGUCGUUGACUGGACUUGCACAAACAUCGUAUCCGUGACUGUCGAUCCUAUAGACACCCUCAUAAAGUUUGAUACCGACAAGACCUAUUGGCUUUGCGGACUUUCUGGAUCUCUCGGUGUCUCUCUGUGCCAGUGGAUGAUCCGACGCGGCGCAAGGUACAUCGUCCUGUCGAGCAGACGGCCCCAGGUUAGCGAUGAGUGGCUUCGGAGUAUGAAAGAACUGGGAGCAACAGUCAGAGUGAUUCCUUGUGAUGUUACGAGCCGGAUUGACGUUGAAGAGGUUUACAAUACGGUUAAGAACAGCCUCCCUUCAAUUGCUGGGGUGGCUCAAGGAGCCAUGGUUUUGGAAGAUACGACCACCAGGGAGAUGACCUUUGAAACAUUCAUGAAGGUCGUUCGACCAAAAGUGGAGGGCGCGAUCAACCUGCAGGCUGUGCUCUCAAACGUGGACCUCGAUUUCUUUGUCUUCUUCUCUUCAACUACUGGAGUCAUCGGCAACUUUGGUCAAUCCAAUUAUACCGCAGCCAACGAAUUCCUGGCUAGUCUGGCUGCUCAGCGCCACUCAGCUGGCCUGGCCGCCUCCGUUAUUAACAUUGGUCCAGUUCUGGGCGUGGGAUACGUCGCCCGGGAGGCAAGCCAGGCCGUACAGGAUGAUCUCCGUCGCAGCGGUUUUAUGUUUGUCUCAGAGAGAGAUGUCCAUCAGCAAUUUGCAGAGGGACUUCGGCCGGUCAACGGAGAAGCAACACAUAAGCCUAUUUGGUUUGAGAAUCCCAAGUUCGGUCAUCUAGUGAACCGAGAGUCCUCGUCAACCGUAGCCACGGAUGGUGCUAAGUCCGAAUUGUCUGUCAAAGGACGCCUGGCGAAGGCUAGCGGAACUGAAGAGGCACGGUCGAUUAUUCUGGAAAGCUUGGUCCAGAAACUUGAGACUUUGCUCCAGCUGGAAGUGACCGAGUCUGGGGGUCUCGAAGCAGUUGCUUCACUGCGCACCGAUGAAAUCGGUGUUGAUUCUCUCGUUGCCGUCGAAAUUCGCUCAUGGCUGCUAAAGAACCUACAAGUCAAUGUGCCAGUUUUACAGAUCCUCAGUGGAAUCACCAUUGGAGAUAUCGUGAGCCAUACACUUCAAGAUCUCCCCGAGGAGCUGAUCGCGAACGUGUCGAACCCCUCCCCGGCAGAAGGCACGCCCAGUGAAACUUCUGAAGGACAAAGCCAUUCCAUGCCAGAGUCCAUUCCCGCGCUGGAGACUGCGUCUGCACAUGCUGAGUCCUCGUCCGGUGCCUCCGCUAUAACAUCCCCCGAGCCAGAACCGGCGGCAAUAAUGAUCAAGAAGCGUCAAAUCGUAAGGGAAGAACCUCUUUCCUUUUCCCAGUCCAUGUUUUGGUUCGUGAAAAAUUAUAUCCAUGAUCCGACCACUUUGAACCAUACCGGGGUCUUUCAUCUGACCGGCGACUUACGAGUUCAUGAUGUAGAACGAGCCGUUGCGAUAGUCACUCAACGCCAUGAAUCUCUGAGAUCGGGCUUUUACAUGAAUUCGAGCCAGGAUAUUGUCCAGGGAGUCAUGGAGACCUCAAUCAUUGGGCUGGAGAAGAAGAGCAUUAAUCAGGUCUCCGACUUGUGGGAGGAGUUUAAACGCCUGAAGGCACACGUCUAUCGAAUUGAGGACGGCGAAACCAUGCGUGUCCUGUUGCUUUUUAAUAUCUUGACCAGGGAAAACUACUUGAUGAUUGGAUGUCAUCAUAUCAGUUUCGAUGGUGUCAGCCAACAAGUCUUGAUGUGUGAUUUAGAGAAAGCAUACAAUGGUCAGCAACUUGGGCCAGAGCCUCUUCAAUUCCCAGACUAUGCAAAGAGUCAACGACACGACCAAAUGUCCAACAAAUGGGCUGCCCAGAUUACAUUCUGGAAGCAGAUAUUCCCGGAAAGCCCUCCGGCUCUGCCAUUACUUCCCCUGACUGAGCUCACAACGAGACCGCCAAUAGACAAUUACAACGUCCAUGCAGUCUCGGUACGUCUCGAGCUCCCCUUUUGUAAGACCAUCCGAUCUGUGUGCCGCAAAUAUAGCUCGACUCCAUUCCAAUUUUACAUGGCUGCAUUCACGGCCCUUCUCCAUCGCUACACGGGGUCGGACACCAUUUGCCUUGGGAUUGCAGAUGCAAAUAGAAACGAUGAUGGUGCGAUGGAGAGCAUCGGUCCGUUCCUCAAUUUGCUUCCAUUGAUUUUCCACAUCAGUCCUCAGCAGAAAUUCUAUGAGCUACUGAGAGAGACACGCAGCAAAGCAUACUUGGCAUUGGCUAACGGAGCUGUGCCAUUCGAGGUCCUACUUCAAGAACUUGGUGUUUCAAGAGAUGCAACUUACAGCCCACUAUUCCAAGCUUUCAUUGACUAUCGCCAGGGGGCCCGUGAAAGACAGGCCUUCGGAAAUUGUCAGAUGGAGUUGUUGCGCUUUGAGCCCGGGAAAGCUGCAUACGAUAUAAGCUUGGAUAUAAUUGACAAUCCCGGCGGCGACUGCCUGAUAACGCUCUACGUCCGAGAGAGUCUGUACAGCCGUCACGCGGCCGAGGUCUUGACUAACAGCUAUGUCGAGAUUCUUACGGCCUUUUCCAGCCAGCCAGAUAGCACUUUAAACCAGCCCAGGCUCUUCAAGAAAGUGGACAUUGAAAGAGCCAUUGGAAUUGGAACUGGGCCGAUUAUCCCUUCCAGUUGGAGCUCAACCCUGGCGCAUCGUGUAUGGGAGAUUGUUGGGAAAUUUUCCGGGGACCUUGCUGUGAAGGAUGGCAGAGGCACAGUUCUUACAUAUGACGAUAUGGGACAACGUGUGAUGUCGAUCGUUUCUGCACUUCUGGAUGCUGGAAUUGACAAAGGACAGCGGGUCGCUGUAUAUCACGAGCCCACUGCUGAUAUUGUGUGUUGCUUGCUCGCCGUGCUACACAUCGGAACUAUUUAUGUUCCCCUCGAUCGCAGUAUGCCCACGUCUCGACUGGCUGCCAUCGUCUCUAAUCUGGAUCUGAAAGCCAUUUUGGUAGACAAGGAAUCUGUCGAAGAUGUCUCCAGUUUUAAUACUCGUGAUGUACCACUGGUCAUCGACACAUCGCAGAUUACUUCAACCAACAACACUUGGCAUCCCAUUGCUGCAUCUCGCGAUUGCGUGGCGGCGAUUCUACAUACGAGUGGCUCAACAGGAGUACCCAAGGGGAUCAUGCUGACGCAUCGCAAUCUUUUGAAUGAAGUCGAGUGCUCCUCACGGGUGUAUGAAUUUGAACGAGAGACCGUUUUACUACACAGCGCACUAGGAUUCGACAUGUCGCUGACGCAAGUUUUCACGGCCGUUGCCUACGGGGGUACGUUAGUUAUAGCGCCACGCCAGUACCGAGGUGACGCGCUCGCUUUAACGCAGCUUGUUAUCGACGAGAAUAUUUCUUUCACUGGCGCCACACCCUCUGAAUAUCUGAAUUGGCUCACCCACGGAGACAUCUCUCGCCUGCGAACUUGUAAGUGGAACAUCGCCCUCGCGGGUGGCGAACAAGUUACGGAAUCCCUGUUGAAGCGCUUUAAUUUCCUGAAUCGACCGAGCCUGCGAUUAUUUAAUGCCUACGGGCCAACUGAAGUUACUUGUUCAUCCAACAAGACGCAAGUGUCGUAUUCACCAUCCGAUAUCAUGGCGCUGAGUGGAAAUCGAAUUGCCGCUGGUCCGCCUAAGCCGAACACCACAGUGUAUAUUCUUGACGAUAAUCUUCAGCCACUUCCCGUGGGGAUGUCAGGCCAAAUUGCAGUCAGCGGAGCCGGCGUCUCGGCCGGAUACAUCAAUGACGAUAAAUUGACACGCGAGAAGUUUGUAGUCGAUCCAAUCAAUUCAGACGGCAACUCCCCAACUCGCAUGUAUCUUACUGGCGAUGUCGGAAGAUGGCGACAGGACGGAACUCUGGUUGUUGAAGGCCGGAUUGCUGGGGACACCCAAAUCAAACUGCGAGGUCUCCGGAUUGAUCUCCAGGAUAUCGAACGAGCAAUUAUGGAUGUGUCAAGCGAUGCUUUGACGAAUGCGGCCGUUUCUUUGCGCAGCGCCAAUGACUCCGAGGUGGACUUUCUGGUUGCCUAUGUCGUAUUCUCAAAUUCAUACCCAGACGAGAAACGUGACGAAUAUUUGAGUAAGGUCCCGUCAAUGCUUCCACUGCCCCAAUAUAUGUGGCCGGCAGCGGUGGUCGCUAUUGAGGAGCUACCCAUGAAUUUGUCGAUGAAGAUGGACAGGGGAUAUCUCAAUGCUCUCCCCUUGUCCGCGGGCAACUGGCCCCAUCAUCCAGUGGGCCAAGGAAAUCUUACUGCAACAGAGCAGAAGUUGCACAACACCUGGAAAAAGGUGAUCCCAAGAGAUAUUGCUCGGCAGAGUAUCUCAAGUGACACAGAUUUCUUUCUAGUUGGAGGCUCUUCCCUACUGCUCUUGCACCUGCAGGCAAGAAUUCGCGAUGAUUUUGGGACUACUCUGCCAUUGAUCCAAUUGUUCCAAGCCAGCACAUUGCGCCUUAUGGCGGGAAAAAUUGAAUUCAAUCACUCUUCCACGGUACUUGAGCAUAUCGACUGGGAGCGUGAAUCUUACCCAAGUCCGGAUAUCCAGAUUCAAGCCUCUUCUGUGGCUCGCUCAGUGACAUAUCCCGCUAGAGUAGUGGUGCUAACCGGCGCCACUGGGUACGUUGGAACCGGCUUGCUGCGGGCCUUGCAAGAUGACACUAACAUCACCACCAUCCAUUGCAUCGCUGUCAGAGGCGGCAAAGACCGGGAUCUGCCCAAGGGCUCUUCCAGCAAGGUCCUCAUUUUCGACGGAGAUCUCACUCAGCCGAAGUUGGGACUUUCCGACGCGGAAGCUGAUAGAAUUUUCAACACAGCAGACGCAAUCAUACACAAUGGGGCCGAUGUUUCUCAUCUCAAGUCCUACCGCAGUCUGAAGGCUGCAAAUUUUGAGGCUACUUCAGAGCUCAUCCAUUUGGCCCUGGGCCGUCACAUACCCUUCCACUUUGUCUCCACUGCGGGCGUGACCUUCUUUACCCAGCGAGCCGUCUUUGGAGAGGAGUCCGUGUCGUCUUACCCGCCGCCUGCAGAUGGGCUUGACGGGUACACAUCUUCCAAAUGGGCGAGUGAACGUUAUCUUGAGAAGAUUCAUGACCGGUUCGGACUCCCAAUUACGAUUUAUCGGCCAAGCAGUAUCUCCCAUGAGGAUGACACGGAAACUCUCGAGCUGAUGCCGAACCUUCUCCGCCUCUCCCGAACACUGAAGGCAGUACCGGUCUCACCUCAACUCUGCGGUAGUUUGAACGUCGUUGCACUAGAAACAGUUGUUGGCGGGAUCAUGAAUGAACUUCGCUUGUCCCCGUCGGGUUCGAACCCAAAAUUCAAAUAUGCCAAUCUGAUUGGGAGUUCUGACAUUCCUUUCUCGGAGUUAAAGGAAUAUAUUGAGAGGGAGACGGGAGUUGAAGCCCAGGUUCUCCCCCCUGCCGAAUGGGCGAAGAGAGCAGAGAGACUGGGUCUUCCAGCUGUGGUCGCGGCGUUUUUUGCAAAUCUUGAGAAAAGCGACGCCGUGGUUUUUCCUAGGCUUACACAUGGGCUCUGA